GAGAUCACGGAGACGGGGAGGAGAACCAGGACGAAGCACGAUCCCGCCGUUUCACGGCGUCGAAAAUCGAAAGAGGAGUCGACGAAACAGAGAGUCGAGCGUGAAUUCAAAGAGAUGAACGAGUGCAAGAAGCGUCACGCGAUGGCGGACGAAAAGUGCAAGGGGGCCAUCGUGGGAAGGAGAACCGGUGCGGAGGAUGCGAAUAAAACGUGCGGUCAUUCGACGGAGAACAUCAACAUUCGCUAUUUCAACGAUUCGACGAGAAAGCUCAGAAGCGUGCUGAACUACCUGAGCUUUCCGAGCACCACCGGCCGACCCGGAGCAGUUCGUGGCGAGUCUCCGAUCAUCGUCAGGAAUGUCAGAAUGCUGUUGGACGUGAUGCUUGAUCGAUCGCUCCACACGACGAAAACGUAUCAUCAGGAUGAUUCCGCGUCCGUCGAACGAAGCGCGGAUCACAGCAAAACGCUUCCGAACGGCGCGAGCAGCGGCGAUUUUAUUCACGGGGAUGAAUUGCCGCUUUUCGUCGAGAUCGAGAAUAUCGAGGAAGAGGAGGCGGACGAGCGUAUCGAACGGCCUGCGGAACGCGAUUGAAUCGUGAUCAA